GGACGGCGUCAUGGACAGCAUGAUCCAGAACUUCAGCCUCGUGGGCCCCCCCGCCCUCGGCUUCGAGGCCUGGGACGACGACCCGAGUACCUGGCCCGCCUGGCCUUCCACAGGUACCUGGGGCCCAUGGAGUUCGACCUGACCAGGAUCGACCCUCUCGUCAAGCUCCUCGGCGACAGCUUCUACAGCAUGUGCCACGUGGAGGCCGUCGAGCACCACGCGCGCGACGCCGCCUUCGGCUUCCGCGCCUUCGCCUACGAGCUGCAGCACCGCGGGGAGCACGCCUUCUCCGACCUGUUCCGGGGGCCCUCGCCCGCGUGGAACCUGGCCUACGUGGGCGACUCGGACGACCUGCAGUACCUCUUCUCCUUCGAUAAGCUCAACGUCAGCCUGACCAAGGAGGAGGACCUCUUCGUGUCCCGGAUCAUGGUGGAUCUCUGGACCAACUUCGCCGCCACCGGGAACCCGACGCCCGACCUGUCCCUGGGCUUCAAGUGGACGCGACCGAGGCCUCGAGCCUCUCCUACCUCGGCAUCACCUCCGCCCCCGCCAUGAAGUCUACGACAGGGAGCAGGACAUCGAAUUCUGGAGGAACCUGCCGAGGAAGAUGAACAAGCUGCUGUACCCGGACCGCUUCUCGCAGGGCAGGAACUAGGACGCCAGGAUGAGAGAGCCGCCGCUUCGGGUGUUUGAGGGAUGUGCCUUUAAUGCCCCAGCCCCAGCGCUUGAAUAAUUAGCACAUAUCUUGCA